AUCAAAAUAUUAAUAAUAAUCAUUCUUAUGAUAAUGACCAUGAACCAUCAUCAUUAUUAUCCAUUAAUCGUAGUGUCAGUAAAAAUUUUAAUACACAAACAAUUACAAGACGAAAUUCGUUUAAUAACGAUUCAUCAUCCAAAACAACAUUUGUUAUUGGUAAAAAUUGUAUUGGUGGCUGCGGCGUCGGCGGUGGCAACAAUAACAGAAUUGUUGAACAAAAACAACAAUUCUUUUUAAAUAAUAAAAAAGAUUCAUCAACGAAUCUAUUGCUACAGCAAGCAAUUGUUUGUCCAGCUAUAACAGCAGCAACAGCAUUGACAGCUACCAGUAUUACUAAUACUGGUGGUAUUGUCAAUCAUCAAACAAUAAUCAAAACGGCUCCAGCAACUUCAAAAGCAUCUUCCUCGAAUUCCGAGGGAGAUUAUCAAUUGGUUCAACAUGAAGUACUACAAUCGGCCAAUCAUCAUUAUGAGGUAUUGGAAUUUUUGGGUCGUGGAACAUUCGGCCAAGUGACAAAAUGUUGGAAAAAAGGAACAAAUGAAAUUGUUGCAAUCAAAAUUUUGAAAAAUCAUCCAUCAUAUGCUCGACAAGGACAGAUUGAAGUGAGCAUACUUCAUCGAUUAAGCCAGGAAAAUGCAGACGAAUGGAACUUCGUUCGAGCAUAUGAAUGUUUUACGCACAAGAAUCAUACCUGUUUGGUGUUUGAAAUGUUGGAACAAAAUUUAUAUGAUUUUUUAAAACAGAAUAAAUUCAGUCCUUUACCACUAAAAUUUAUCCGUCCAAUAUUGCAUCAAGUUUUGACUGCACUUCUAAAACUCAAACAACUUGGUCUAAUUCAUGCUGAUUUAAAACCUGAAAAUAUUAUGCUUUGUGAUCCGGUACGGCAACCAUUUCGAGUGAAAGUUAUUGAUUUUGGUUCAGCUUCACAUGUUUCAAAAGCAGUUUGUUCAACUUAUCUUCAAUCACGUUAUUAUCGUGCACCGGAAAUUAUUCUUGGUCUACCAUUUUGUGAAGCAAUCGAUAUGUGGUCAUUAGGUUGUGUUAUUGCCGAACUAUUUCUUGGUUGGCCAUUAUAUCCUGGAUCAUCUGAAUAUUAUCAGAUUCGUUAUAUUUGUCAAACACAAGGUUUACCAAAUGAACAUAUGUUGAAUCAGGCUACAAAAACUACUAGAUUUUUUUGCCGUGAAACAAAUUCAAACUAUCCAUUUUGGCGUUUGAAAUCACCGGAUGAACAUGAAGGAGAAACUAGUAUUCCAUCGAAAGAAGCACGGAAAUAUAUAUUCAAUUGUUUGGAUGAUAUGGCACAGGUAAAUGUUCCAACCGAAUUGGAUGGUUUAGAUUUGAUUGCCGAAAAAGCUGAUCGUCGUGAAUUUAUUGAUUUAUUGAAACGAAUGUUAACAUUAGAUCAGGAACGUCGAAUAACGCCUGGCGAAGCAUUGAAUCAUAGUUUUGUUGUUUUGAAUCAUUUAAUUGAUUUUCAGAAUUGUUCAAUUCUUUUAUCAUCGGCCAAAAUGAUGGAAGUUUGUCGUCGUCGUAUAUUCAAUCAUAGUGGUACUACUACUACUACUACUACUAAUCAUCAUCAUCAUUCAUCGGGAUCAUCAUCAUUGGUCGUUAAUGGACACAAUUCAAAUGUUGUCGGUAAUCAUCAAGUAGGUGUUGUUGGCUAUGAUUCGAAUACUGGUGGUGGUUUGAAUGCAGCAACAGCUGCAGCUGCUGCUUCAUCUGGUCAUCAAACAAUGGCCAUUAUAGCCAAUAAUUUUAAUUCACCAUCAGCAGCAAAUGCUGUUUCGGCAGCCAUAUCGUUUAAUAAUCAUUUGACAGCCAAUAAUAGUGUCCAAUCUGCUGCGGCAAGUGCUGCUGCUGCUGCUGCCUAUCAAUUUCAUCCAUCAGCAGCAGCCAAUUUCUAUCCUGGUCCACAUAAUUUAUCUGUCACAGGUCAAGCAAAUCAAUCAACUCGUACAUCAAACCAUCAUCAUCAACAACAAUCUGCUGCUAUAGCUCGUGCCGCAGCCAUUUCCAAUCCAUAUGCGGCAGUCGCUCGUGCGGCAGUUGUUGCUGCUGCAGCUGGCGCUGCUGCUGCCUCUCAAUCGGCCCAAGAUCCAUUUGCUGCUGCUGUUCCUGGAGCCUCUUCAUUGUGUAUGCCUUCAAUACUUUGCUCGAAUCCUUAUUCACCGGCUGGUAAACAUCAUCCAAGUGCUGCGGCAGCAAUGAUGCCAAUGGCUGCGGCCGUACAAUUUCAGCCAUCAGCUACCUUUUUUACUCAGAUGGCUGCAGCCGCAGCAGCUACUGGUGGUCAACAAUAUGUUCCAGUUUCAGUUGUCGCUGCUGCCGAACAAAAUGGACGUCAAAUGUUGUUGACAAAUCCGAACCUGGCUAACACUGUAGCUGCUGCCGCAGCGAUACAAUCAGCAGCCAAUGCUAGUGGUUGGCCAUCGGCUGCAACGAAUUCAGCUGGUGCUGCUGGACGUCAUCAACCGAUGUUUGCUAUGCCAUCCGCAUGGCAACAAUUUCAAGCUUCCACUACUGGUCGUAUACAUCAACAUCAUCAACCGUUGACUGAUGCUGCGGCUGAUGCUUGGUCCAGAUCGAUUAUGAUGGCAGAACGAGCUGGAAUGUUACCUGCAGAUCAAGCAGCAGCUGCAGCUGCUCUAGCUUUACCGAUGGAAUUUCAUCAUGCUGCUGCUGAUCAAACAUCAAUUUAUGAACAAUUACGUAAUCAUCAAAAUUGUUCGAAUUUGAUUCAAUCCGCUAAUGUUUUGGCUGCGGCAGCAAGUGUAGCUAAUCCAUGGAAUGCUGUUGUUGCUGCUUGUGGUGGAUCAGGCGCGGCUAGUAGUGGUGUACCACAACCAACUGCUACUGCUGCAUCAUCAUCGAUCACAUCGGCUACUUCGAUCCAUAAUACCCAUCAUCCAAAUCAGUACUCGACCAAUCAAUCGAAUUGUGUAUCAGUGUCAUCAGCUAAUCUAAAUAAUCCGAAUCAUUUAUUUCAACCGGGUGCUCAACAUUCUUCAGCAUCCAAUUCAGCACAUCAUCAUCAUCAUCAUCAUUCGAUAUUUCCGAACAUUUCUGGUUCUGGUUGUUCAACAUCUUCUAACAUAGUAACCAAACGUAAUCAAGCUAUUCAUCAUAGUAAUCAACAACAACAGAUUGUCAAUAUGGCACAAAAUGUCAAUCUAAUCCAAAAUCCUCAUCAUCAGAUUCAAAACAACAAUAAUCUUUUUGCAACAACAACAAAACCAUUGAAAAUAAAAGAACAUAUUUCACCAGUAAAAAAGAGAGCCAAGGAAUCAUCUCCACAACAUAAAUGGCUACAAGAUUUGACAAUUCGCAAUCAAUUUGAUUUGGCCAAUUUUGAUCAACCACAAAUGAACCAAAUGAAUCAUUUACCAUUGUCAAAUUCUCCAUCACCAAAUGGAAAUCAAAUUUUUCGCGGUUCAUCAUUCGACCAACAACAACAACAACAACAUCAUCAUCCUCAUCAUCAUCAACAACAACAACAACAAUCAUCACAACAGCCACAUCAUUCAUCAUCGAUGAUAUUGAAUCAAAAUUUAAAAAUCAAUUCACAACAAUUAUCACGUAGUUCAUCAUGGCUUAAUAAUCAAUCAAAUAAUGGUAAUAUUCAUCAUCAUCAUCAUCAUAAUCAUGGUGGAAAUCAAACGAUUACUAUUGAAGAUACACCAUCACCGGCUGUUUCAGUUAUUACUAUUAGUGAUUCAGAUGAUGAAAAACUUAUGGAUCAAAGUAGUUCAAAUAAUAAUAAUAUAACUGGUAAAAAAUGCAAUCAAAAUUCGAAUAAUAAUAGCUAUAAAUCAUCAUCAAUGAAUCAAAAUACUUCUGUAAAUUCGGUAAAUUCAACCACCACUGUAGCAUUAACACCCGAAGAAACAUUUGCUGAAUCAUAUGCUGCACAACAUUUUGGACAAAACAAUAGUGGUGGUUGUUCAAUCAAUAAAUCAUCAUCAUUUAUUUUUGAUAAUCAUCAUCAAAGAAAUUUAAUGAAACCAACAUCAAAAUUAAUACAUUCAUAUUCAACAUCAGCAAUUGUUAAAAAUCCUCAUAAUAAUAAUAGUUCGCUUUCACAAGCGGCUGCUGAUACAACUACUUCAUCGAUUAUGGAAUUUCCUGAAUUAGAAAAUUUUUCACAAAAAAAACGAAUUCUUGCCAAAAAUCGUUCAUUACAACAACAGCAACAAUCAUUUAAUGAAAAUCCACAUCAUUCGAUUAUUAAUACUAAACAAGAAAUGAUUAUUAAUGAUGAAGAUGUUUGUACAUCAAGUACUUCUGCUUCAUUAAAUCGUUUAAAUCAUUGGGAUCAUCGAUCAGAUUUUAAUCGACAUGCAAAAAUGGAAAAUUAUGAUGAUGAUUAUGAUGAUGAACAAACAUCGUUAGAUGUAACACCAAAACCACAACAAUAUCAAUUUUCUUCACCUGGUUCUCAUUCAAAGAAAUAUUCUGGUUCAAAUUUUAAUCGAAAUCCUGUUCUAGCUACGGCUGCUGCCGUCGCUCAACAACAAUUAUCUCCAUUGAGUGCAUCCAAUUCACAUUAUUCAUUGUAUUCACCACCAUCACAACCACCACCAACAAAUUCUGAUAAUUUAAUUUAUCGUGAUUAUGCAGCAGCCGUAUAUUCUGCAACUUCAUCGUCAUCAUCAUCAUCGAUGGCCCAACAACAACAAGGUUCAUCAAAACGUGGUGGUGGUGGUGGUCAACUUUCAUCCACACAAAACAUUUCAACAUCAACAUCAUCAUUAUCAUUGAAUUUACCAGCACCACCACCGGCACAUCAUAAUUCUCAUAGCAAUAGUAAAAGUCAUCAUCAUCAUUAUCAACAACAACAACAACAUAAUCAUCCAUCCAAUAUGUCUGGAAUUUCAUCUUCGGGCAUAGCAGCAAAUAUUCCAACAAAUUUGCAACAUUCUUCAACAGGAGGCUCUCAAGCCGUCUAUUGUCAUGGUGCACAUCAUAUGCAACAACAACAUCAUGGCCGGCCAAACAGUACAGGAAAUCCAUUACCGGCACAUUUGCAAUCACAAUCAUCACAAUCGCAUCAUAAUUCUCAUGUUCAUCAUGGUGGUGGUGGAAUGGUUUCAGCUGCCAUACGAUUAGCAGCCACACAAUCUAAUUAUGCGGCAGCAGCAGCAGCGGCUGCUGCCGCUGCUGCAUAUAAUCCGCUACAACAAGCAAGUGGAUCAUCAUCAUCAUCAUCAUCAGCGGCUGCAAAAGCAGCAGCAGUUGCAGCCCAAUACCAGAAUCUAUAUCAGCUUUUUGCUGAAUGAAUGUAGUGUGAUAAAUCUUUCUGUUUGUCUAUUUUUUGCAUCUUGCCUUUUUCUCAUUAUCAUUCAGUUCAUCAUCAUUUGUACACCUUUCUUGCCUUUUCACGCUAAUCAUCAAAUACAAUAUUUCCAUAAUGAAUGUUUAUCCCCAUCACUUCUAAUAUUUCUAAACACAC